AUGAUAAAUAUAAUUUUCAUCUCAAUCGCGAUCCCAUGCAUCCUCGAAUGCGAAGGUCGGCUGCUGGUGAGGACGACGGAGCGGGCGUUUGUCUCGAAGAAUGACGACUUCAAAACGGUCUCGAUCACAAAGCACUGUCUCCACGGCCAGGAGAAACAGGACACGUCCGCCGAGUUGGAGAGCCAAGGUCCGCACGCCAAGCGCUCCGUCGAGAAGGCGAGGAUACCGCUGGUGAAGAAGCCCAUACCGACAUACGUCGAAAUCAACUACGACGAGGACUACCAGAGCAGGAUGGCCCGCUGGCCGGAGAAGUACUCGGACUCGAGCGAGAACGAGGACGAGGACUUCAACGUGGACGACUACGACUUCGACGUGAACCACGACGAGUACGCGACGCGCGGGAAACCGAUCGAGCCGCGAGUGAAGCUGGCCAAAAGCCCGACACCCAAACCGGCCGAGCCCGAAGUGAAGAGCACACCGGCGGUGCCGAAGAUCUUCGACGAGGCGACGCAGAGGAACAACACGCCGAGUAAGCGACAAGAGACAGUCAUCAACGUCAGCGAGAAGAAUAAAGCACGGGCGGACGAUUACUACGACGAUUUGACAACGAAGCCUUCUGAGAAUAUGAAAAUUGUGUACUCCCAGGAAGACGUUGUUGAAGAAACGGACGAGGGCGAGUACGCACGCAAGGGCUCGGUAAGAACCGUCAGGUCGUCUUGGAACAUUGGCGGCUACGUGGACAAGUUGGGGGAGAAAACCUCGCUGAUAAUGAACAAAGUUUUGAGUAUUCUGCCCAUGUUUCCGCAAAUUCCGCAAAGGAAAAACGUUCAG